AUGGGUAUUUUUUGUACUUGUGAUAUUUGUUACAUCAAAAAAUAUUUUUUUAUAUUAUUUUUAGUUCUUUACAUUAAUAGGUUAAGUAGCCCAGAAUCAGUAUUGGAUUCAAUUGAGAGCACUUCUAGGGACAUAUCACGCGGGAAAAAAGUUGGAAAGAUAACCCGAAAGGACGUGAGACUCCAUAAAUUGGUUUUCAUGGAAGACAUAUUACCUGAGGGAACCAUGUUGCGAUACAUGGUGAAUGGAAAUCCUCAACUUGUUGGUUAUGCCAAAGACUCUGGUAUAUACUGUACCUGCUGCAAUGAGGUGGUUAGUCCUUCACAAUUUGAAGCCCAUGCUGGCCACGCACAGCGUCGCAAACCAUAUAAUUACAUUUAUACUUCCAAUGGAGUGUCACUUCAUGAGCUCUCUGUUACACUAUCCAAGCGCCGCAAGUUGUUGGACAAUGAAAAUGAUGAUCUGUGUAGUAUUUGCAAAGAUGCUGGGGAACUGGUACUAUGUGACCUUUGUCCUAGGGCUUUCCAUCAAGCAUGUGCGGGGUUGUCAAGUGUUCCAGAGGGGGAUUGGCAUUGCCGGUAUUGUCAAACCAUGCAUCAAAGAGAAAAUUAUGUGGCAUAUAACGAUAAUGCUCGUGCUGCUGGGAGGGUUCCUGGAGUUGAUGCCAUCGAUCAGAUUCUGAAGAGGUGUAUUCUUAUUGUUAAACUUCCAGAUUCUAGGGUCGGUGGAUGUGCAUUGUGCAGAUCUAAGGAUUAUGCCAAGUCAGGAUUCAGCCCACGUACAGUUCUAAUCUGUGACCAGUGUGAGAAGGAAUAUCAUGUUGGCUGCUUGAAGAAUCAUGGAUGGGAUGAAUUAAAGGAAAAACCACUAGGAGAUUGGUUUUGUUGUGCCGAUUGCAUUUCAAUCCAUUCUUCUUUGCAAGAUGUGCUCAGUCGUGGAGCUCAAGAUCUACCGGAUAUGGUUUUAGAUGUUAUUAAGCGGAACGAUGGCAAGGAAAGAUCAAUCAGGGAUGCUAUUGUCAAUCUCAAAUGGAGGCUAUUUAGGGGCAAAACAGCUUCUGCGACUGAUAAGUUGUUUCUUUCCAGAGCGGUCUCUGUUUUGCACGAGUCAUUUGAUCCUAUAAUUGGUGGAAAAAAGGGUGUAGAGCUUGUCACUCAGAUGGUUUUUGGAAGAUGGUGGGACCAAAUGGAUUUCGAAGGAAUGUACUGUGCAAUUCUCACUGUGGAUUCAUCUGUUGUGUCGGUUAGCAACUUAAGAAUUUUGGGUUCUGAAGCUGCUGAACUUCCAUUGGUUGCCACGAAGAAGGAAUUCCAAGGACAGGGCUAUUUUGCGGCACUGUUUGCCUGCAUAGGGCAUCUCUUAGCUUCUUUGAAUGUGAAGCAUUUGGUGCUCCCCGCUACAGAUGAAGCUCAACCAAUGUGGACGCAGAGAUAUGGUUUCACAAAGAUAACAAUGGAUCAGUUGCAUGAGUUGGCCCAGGGCAUUAAGAUUGUGGACUUCGAAGGGACAACAUUGCUACAUAGGACUGUUUCUGACCUACUACUUACUGCUGUUGGAAACCAAGCAAGCUGAGAGCCUGAGAGAAUAAUAAGGCUUCGUUUGGGACGGUUUUCUUUCUGCUUCUAAUAGCCGCUUUCUAGUGCAAAAAUUUUAAUUUUUGUACUAAAAAACUGCUUUUAAGCAGCAGUAAGAAAGUCAUCCCAAACAGAGCCUAAAUCAGUUUUGCUGUUUUUGCUGCAGGCACCUGUAAAGUCAUUUUUGGAAGAGGAUUUUGCGUUGGGAAGAUCUUUUUGGGUGAAACUUUUGGAGCAGAUUUGGAAGGCAUUUUUGGGCACCUUAAAGUCUUUUUUUACUACUGUUGAUUGAGAAAUGUAUAUGUCAUAGAAACUUCAUAGGGAAUUUAUGAUAGAAAAUCCAAUUGCAUCUUCAGCAUAUGACGAACUUUGUGAAGCAGCAGCAGCAGCAUAGGGGUUGUUAUUGUUUCAAAAUAUUUAUCAUGUUUUAAAACUUUUA